AUGAAUGCCAUUCGUGUCCACCCAGCCCCACCAUCAUCCACUCCGUAUUCACCGUCAAAUCCAGCGCCAACUUCCGCCUUACGCCUAGACGAGAAUGUGCCUGUCCCCAAGCUUUCAAAGCCCGGUGAACUGCUUGUCAGCCUCAAGGCAACCACAGUGGUUCGGGAUAUGCUGACGUGGCCCGAGACAUAUGUCCACCCAUAUGCCAUCAUCGGAAACGACCUUUCAGGCAUUGUGACUGAAGUAUACGGUGGCAGCAAUAAAUUCAAGCCUGGAGAUGAGGUAUUUGGCAUGGCAAACGUGGAUCGUGCCGCGACAUGGGCAGAGUUCACACUCGCCACCGAGGAGGAAAUUGCUCUCAAGCCAAGCGCUUUCUCCUGGGAGCAAGCUGCGGCCUUGCCCCUGACCGCUCAAACUGCCUACGAGGCUUUAUUCACCCAUGCCGGGGUGCCUGUUCCCUCAGUGGAAGAUGCCAUGAAGAACCGGAAUGAGUCGCCUCGCUCCAGCCAGAGAAUAUUGAUCACUGGAGCCUCGGGCGCCGUGGGAAUGCAUCUGGUCCAGUUGGCCUCUGCGGCCGGACUCCAUGUUGUGGCUGCUUCGAGUUCCAACGCGCGAAACCAAGACUUCCUCCGUGGCCUGGGGGCAAAUGAAACGAUCGAAUACACCCUCAUGGACGACUACCGGUCAAACUUUGAUGUCAUCAUUGAUGUGGUCGGAGGCGACGUCUUGGUCAAGUGUUGGGACUGCGUGAAAGAUAGUGGCACACUUGUAUCUGUGGACUCUGCGAGCUUUGAUUUUGUGCAGGAGCAUGAAAAGCGUGGAUUAUGCAGACCAGGGGUUCGAGCCUUAUUUUUCAUUGUCGCUGGGAGCAGCGAGGGUUUGCAGUAUCUUGCGAAGCUCGCAGAGCGAGGAAUAUUGCAGUCAUUGGUCGUUCAGGCGUAUCCGUUUGACAAAGUGCAAGAGGCAUACGAGCAUGCCAACAGGCGACAUACGGGACGUGGGAAAAUUGUCUUGGUUAAUUGA